GUCUUUCACCACUUUCUCUCUCCUCUCUUAUGUCUUGAGAGAGUUGUACUUGGUGGGCUUGCGACCGUAUUUUUCAGACAAAAAAUGGCUAAUCUUGCUGGUAAAGUUGAGGCUGAAGUUGAGAUAAAAUGUGAUGCUGAUGAGUUUUUCCAUAGCUGGGGUGGUAAGGCACACCAACUGCCAAAUUUGUGCUCUGAAAAAUUGCACAACGUUGAAGUACAUGAAGGUGACUGGAAGACAGAGGGUUCUGCUAAGCUCUGGACAUAUGUUCAUGAGGGAAAAGUGGAGACUUUGAAAGAAAGGCUCAAAAUAGACGAGGAAAACAAGCACCUCACUGCUGAUGUAAUAGAAGGAGAUCCCAUGAAACUCUACAAGAUCUACAAGGUCUCCUUACAGAUUAUAACAAAGGGUCAAUCCAGUUUUGCGAAAUGGUCCAUAGACUAUGAGAAAAUCAACGAGGAUGUUCCUGCUCCAACGGCGUACCUCGACUGGAUUGUUAACAGUAGCAAACUCGUCGAUAAAUCGCUUCUAAAGGCAUAAUUUGAUCAUCAUAUAAGGUUAUACAUUCUACUAUAAUGCGAUUAUAGUAGCAGUGCUAUUUUUAAUAAAGCUCUAAAGAAAGCUUUGUAUCAAAAUAAUAAUGUGGUUGCUUUCUUGUUAAUAUAUAUGUUUGUAAUUGCAUAGGAGACCAGAUUUUAAUAAAUUGUAUACUGCUGGCAAUUUGUAUGUAAAAUAUAAUAUUGCAGUGAAGAUCAUGUGGGUUUUUAUAUUGGCAGGUAUUAAAAUUUGUUAAAAGUUUUG